AUGCUAAGGCCACGCUCUUUUGACAUCCAGAAGCAAGAUUUGGAGAUUGAGGCAGCUCAGUGGAUGCCCAUUGAGGAUUAUGUGGAUCAACCUUAUAACAAAGAACACCAGCUCUUCAAAUAUGUUGCUGAAAUAUGCAAAACUAAAGCCAAAAAGCAGGACUAUGUUGGGUUUUCUGGAAUGCCUGUAGCCUCAACUUCCGGUAAAGAAACCUACUUGUACUUCAACAACAGAGAUUUCCACUAA